UAGGGAGCUUUUCCUAGCCACCGUGCUUCUACACCUGCAUUGCUUGCUGUUUGGGGUUUUAGGCUGGGUUUCUGUACAGCACUUUGUGACAUCAGCUGAUGUAAGAAGGGCUUUAUAAAUACAUUUGAUUGAUAGAUUUUGUUGUGGAUUAAUACAUGAAGAAAACAAAACAUUUGUAUUGUCAUAAAUGUUAUUGUCUAUAGCCUAAGUAGUAUCACAGAAAUCUGCCUAUAACCCAUAACAGAUCACAUGGUUAAGUAUCAACAUUGAAGGAAGAACGGAAAAUAGCAAUUAGUCGAUCCAAGAUUUGCGCUCAGGAGAUCGUGUUGUGUGUGAGAGCGAUGCGCAACGAGUAAGGAAGGUGGAACGGUGUAUGUUGGGGAAAGGGUCUCGUUUCUAUCCCAACGCUGCUGCAAAUCUCGACCUGGUACAGACACACCGUUUUAAGUAAACAUUUGUUAUAACUAAUGCGGGUGUCGUUAUUUGUAGAGCCGGACAGGCGCGCGUGUAUGGAGCUUUUUAGGAGUUGGGAAUGCUCGGUAAGCACGUUAGAUCCUAUUCGUAUUAGGCUUCCUGAAUGAGGACACGGAUGGAUAUCGUGACACUGUCAAAAUGACACGGACUCUCACUCUCCUCGCUUUCCUUUUCACUUUGUUAAAACGUGGCAGUUGUGCGGACUCAGAGGAGCGUCUGAUGAACUGGCUGCUUAGAAACGAUCGCUACAACAAGCUGAUCCGCCCAGCUGUGAACAGGACAGAGCGGGUCACUGUCAAACUACAGGUGUCCCUGGCCCAACUCAUCAGUGUGAAUGAGAGAGAGCAGAUUAUGACCACCAAUGUUUGGCUCACACAGCACUGGGAUGACUACAGGCUAUCAUGGGACCCUUCUCAAUAUGAUGGCAUUGACAAGCUUCGUAUUCCUUCCAGACACAUCUGGCUACCUGAUAUUGUGCUCUAUAACAAUGCGGAUGGAACCUAUGAGGUAACAGUCUUCACCAAUGCCAUUGUCCAGUUCAACGGCAGCAUCGUCUGGCUCCCUCCGGCCAUCUAUAAGAGUGCCUGCAAGAUCGAGGUCAAGCACUUCCCCUUUGACCAGCAGAACUGCACGCUCAAGUUCCGGUCAUGGACCUACGACCACACCGAGCUCGAUUUGGUCCUGAAGACAGGGGUGGCCAGCAUGGAUGACUUCACUCCCAGUGGGGAAUGGGACAUCUUGGCCCUGCCGGGCAGGCGGACGGUUAACCCUCUGGAUCCUACCUACGUGGACCUCACCUAUGACUUCAUCAUCAAGAGGAAGCCGCUGUUCUACACCAUCAACCUAAUCAUCCCCUGUGUCCUCAUCACCUCUCUGGCCAUCCUGGUCUUCUACCUGCCGUCUGACUGUGGGGAGAAGAUGACUUUGUGUAUCUCAGUCCUCCUGGCCCUCACUGUGUUCCUCCUCCUGAUUUCCAAGAUCGUCCCUCCCACCUCGCUGGACGUGCCUCUGAUCGGGAAGUACCUAAUGUUCACCAUGGUGCUGGUGACCUUCUCCAUCAUUACCAGUGUGUGUGUUCUCAAUGUACACCACCGCUCCCCCAGCACACACACCAUGCCCCCCUGGGUCAAGGUAGUGUUCCUCAACAAGCUGCCCCAUCUGCUCUUCAUGAGACGCCCGCAGAAUAACUAUGCCCGCCAGCGGCUACGCCAGCAGAGACAACUCCAAGCUCGCAGGUCCAUCCUGGCGGACCUGGGCUACCCUGCCACCACUGCUGCCGCCAUGUCUUCCUCUUCUGCCUUCCUCUCCUCUGCCUCGGCCUUCGCCUCCCCGGGACACUUUUACAACAAAGUCACAGCUCCACUGGGGUACACCCACACCUUCAGGAAGGGGGAGGCCCGCUCCACCGAGUUCCUGCCCAACAGCUUCUCCUCCUCCCAGGACCUCCGCCAGAGAGGCAGCCCAGACUGGGGGGGAGAUGUACAGGAGGCAGUGGACGGGGUCCGCUUCGUGGCUGAUCACAUGAUGGGGGACGAUGAUAACCAGAAUGUGAUUGAGGACUGGAAGUAUGUGGCAAUGGUGGUGGACCGUAUGUUCCUGUGGAUCUUUAUAAUAGUGUGCGUGACUGGAACCCUGGGUCUCUUCCUCCAGCCUCUAUUUCAGCAUUCAAUAGUCCCCAUCCAGCAGCCCAGCUCAGACACACCCCAUACCUGAACAUUCCCAAGAAGUAUGGUGGUCAUACAUAGAAAUAAGGGUCAUAGAACAUCAACCAACGCCAUGUGGCCUACAGCAAUACAAGUCUCAGUGUCUCUUUCUGUUUCUACUACCUGGUCCUAACAUGACACAAUGGUACAAUGAAGAGUUGACUUUUUUCAUGUAGUUGAAGCAGAGAUGCAAAGAUGUCCCUCUAAAACUAGACUGAAAGUAGAAACAUUACCCGGGUGGAGUAAUAACCCACAUAAUACAGAGAUAUGUCAGAUAUCAUUUGACUCCUAUCCAUGUUAUGUCACCCUGUUGUUGAAAUGUAAAGUGUCAUGAAAAAAAUCUAUAAAUGUAUAAAAAGUUCAGUGAGUUUGAUUAAAUUCAUUAACACCCAAUGAAGUCUAAAGUGGUGGAGUACUUCAUGAAAUGAUGUUCAGUGUGAUAAAAUAAAAUAGCUUAUAGACUCAGUUAAAGUAGUUAAAUAGACUCAGUUAAAGCAAUUUUCAAAGUGC